GAAAGAUGUCCGCCGGCGGAGAGCUGCUGGAGCGGAUGGUGGUUUCGUCGGAGAUGAGCAGCUCUGCUGCCGCUGUUACUGCUCCCUCCUCAACCCCUCCCUCCGCAGCGCCCGUGAGCACAACCGGCUCCACGGUGACGGCUGCUGCAGGGGGCGGAGGAGACGGUGAUGAGGAGGAAGAGUGGUUGUAUGGGGGUACGAGUCCUAAAGAAAAUGAAGCAGCGGGACCUGAUGAUGAUGAAGAGGACAUGCCAAGUUCUCAUCCUGUACCUGGCACUAAAGCAGAAACUACUGAGAACGGGGUUGCGAAAACGGUGACUGAGACAGAGGAUGACAGUGAAAGUGACAGUGACGACGAUGAAGAUGAUGUUCACGUUACUAUAGGAGACAUUAAAACCGGAGCACCUCAAUAUGGGAGCUAUGGAACAGCCCCUGUUAAUCUGAACAUCAAAACAGGAGGAAGAAUUUAUGGUGCGGCUGGUGGCAAAGUUAAAGGAGUAGAUCUGGAUGCGCCUGGAAAUAUUAAUGGAGUUCCACUGGUUGAAGUAGACUUGGAUUCUUUUGAAGACAAACCUUGGCGAAAACCAGGUGCUGAUCUCUCAGAUUAUUUCAAUUAUGGUUUUAAUGAAGAUACAUGGAAAGCUUACUGUGAGAAACAGAAGAGGUUAAGAAUGGGACUAGAGGCUCUUCCGGUCUCCUCUACAACAAAUAAAAUUACGGUACAGCAGGGCAGAACUGGAAAUACCGAAAAGGAAACUGUUUUGCAGACAAUAAAACAAGAGUUCACUUCUCCCACUACCUUAUUUAAAAGUGGUGUUCCACCUCCGGGUAGGAAACUCUCUGGCACGAUUGAUGUCAUCGGGCAAACCACUACAAUCACACGGGUGGAAGGACGACGGCGUGGUGCCAAUGAAAGCAAUAUCCAGGUCGUUUCGGAACAGUCUCCCUCUGAAGUGGAUAACAAUUUUAUCAAACCACCGCCGCCAUUUUUCCCUCCUGGAGCUCCUCCCACACACCUUCCUCCUCCUCCACUCUUCCCUCCUCCCCCGUCUGUCAGUACAGCCCCUCCUCUGAUCCCACCACCGGGAAUUCCUAUAACUGUCCCCCCACCAGGCUUUCCACCUCCUCAUGGAGGGCCUCCACCCUCUCUAAUACCAACAAUAGAAAGCGGCCAUUCUUCUGGCUAUGAUGGAAGAUCGGCGCAGGCGUUCCCGUAUGGCAGUGUAUCUUUUCCUCACCUUCCUGGUUCUGCUGGAGCGUGGUCCAGCCUGGUAGACACAUCCAAACCCUGGGAUUACUAUCCGAGAAGAGAGAAGGAAAGAGACCGUGAAAGGGAUAGAGACCGUGAAAGAGACCGGGACAGGGAUCGAGAGCGGGAACGUACGCGUGAACGAGAGCGCGAUAGAGAACGAGAGAGGGAUCACAGUCCGAGUGUUGGCGCUUACAAUAGCGAAGAAGAGCGAUACAGAUACAAGGAGUACGGAGAUCGAACAGAACGGAGCUACGACCGCCACCGAGAGAGAAUUAGCAGGGAGAAGGAAGAAAGGCACAGAGAAAGGAGGCAUAGGGAGAAAGAGGAAUCCUCCAGACACAAAUCAUCACGAAGCAGCAGCAGGCGCCGUCACGAUAGUGAAGAGGGGGACAGUCACAGGCGACACAAGCACAAAAAAUCCAAACGAAGCAAAGAAGGCAAAGACACUGGAGCCGACCCUGCCCCAGAACCAGAGAGUAUUGAGGGAGCAAAUGCCGAUUAGGUACAGGUGACCCAUGUCCAGUGCGGAAACUACUCCCAGUUUUACCAAGCCUGCAUUAUGCUCCAGAAGCCAUGACCCAGAGGCAUCAUUUUUCUGUGACUCGUAAUAUUCUUUAGCUUGUCAUUUUCCUUUCUUUUUUUUCCUUUUUCCAUUUGUUUGGUUUCUAGGGCGAAUAAACUCUUUUUCCAUGUUUAAUUAUGUUGACUUCUGUCUUACCACUUUCUUUUGCAUUGGUAUUUAGUGAAAUAUUCUACUAAAAUAUUACUUAUUUUGUAAGACAUUGUUGACCUUGGUGUAAACAAGACAGACCAAAAUAUACCGUGACUGACUUUGGUUUACACUGCAGAUAAUGCCUUAUGGAGGAUACAUUCAGGCAAUUUUUUUGACCUAUUAAACAAUAAUGGAGUUACCCCACCAAAA